GUCAGAAGAAGAGCAGGACGGAAGUUGAUUUUCUAUCAGCGUGAUACAGUCGGGAGCUAGCUUAACAACCAACUAAAGAGAAAUGGACUCGACCGAGAAGCGUGGAAGCAAGACGUUGUUGGUCCGCCAUUUACCAGCCGAGUUGAGUGAGGAUGAGAAGGAGGACCUGCUCAAGUAUUUUGGAGCCCAGUCUGUCAGAGUUUUCUCGAACAUUGGCCGUAUGAAACACACCGCAUUUGCAACUUUUUGCAGUGAAAAAGCAGCACAAAAGGCUCUUACCCGGCUUCAUCAGCUAGAGGUCUUUAAUCGAAAACUUAUUGUGGAGUUUGCAAAAGGCCAAGAUAACAUCACAGUAUUAAAGGAUCCACCUGUGUCAGAUAGGAGUAAUAAGUUUGACAAGGGAGCGCAGAACAAACCAGAAACUAAGCAGCCUAACGUUUCUCUCAUAGAAACCGGCAUUGCUCCAAGUCUUGGGUUGAAAUAUCACCCAAAUCCCACUUUGAAGUAUUUGUACCCACCGCCUUCCAAUAGUGUGUUGACAAAUAUUACACAUGCCCUCCUGUGUGUGCCCAAGUUUUAUGUUCAAGUUCUGCAUCUGAUGAACAAGAUGAAUUUACCAUGUCCAUUUGGACCAGUCACUCCCAGGCCCCCCUUGUUUGAGCACCUGCCUACUGCCCCACCCAUCCCCAUGCCUCCCCCCUUGCCUCCUGAUCUCCCGCCUACACCAGCAGAAGAGAUGGAGAUGUCAGCUGAUGAAGAAUCUGAGUAUGAGAGUGGAGAUGAUGAAGAAAAGGAGAGGAUUGUUCGUCUGAUGGGUCUGGUCAACCAAGCAUGCAAGAGACCCCUGAGACCAAAAACCUCUUCGAAGAGGAAAAAACCCAAGAUCAAGGAUCUCCUCUAUGUGCCCAAACCGGACUCUCAGAGUGCUCCAGUCAUGCAGCCAUCAGACGUGUUUGAGCAGCCCCACCCCGCCGGACCGAAGAAAAUAGAAUUCCACAUUUCAGUUCCAGAGGUAGCAGCCAGGGUGGAAGGAAGUAGGAUGCAGUGUGAUGAAGAAAUAGAUGACAGAGAGGUUACCCACAACAACAAAAUGGAGGCUGCAGAAGGAUUUGGGAAGAUCUACCCCAGCAUCCAUUUGUUCCAGCAAUGUGAGGAGCACAGUGACGAAGAGCAGGAUCUCCCAUUGGAUGUCAUCUCAAGAAAAGAGCUUGAGAAAGGACGUCUCUCAAGAGAUGAGAUAAAAAGGAUGUCGGUAUUUAAGAAUUACGAGCCAGGCGAGCCGACCUGCAGACUGUAUGUGAAGAAUAUCGCAAAACAAGUGGAAGAGAAAGACCUAAAGUACAUCUAUGGGAGAUAUAUUGAUCCCUCAUCAGAAACUGAAAGAAACAUGUUUGACGUGGUUUUAAUGAAAGAGGGCCGGAUGAAAGGGCAGGCCUUUGUUGGACUUUCCAGUGAGCAGAGUGCUGAGAAAGCCCUGCGGGAAACCAAUGGCUAUAUUCUCUUCGACAAACCCCUCGUGGUUCAAUUUGCUCGAUCAGCCAGGCCAAAACAAGACAAUAACGAUGCCAAGAAAAGAGCAAAGCAAUGAUACCAUUUACAGGUGAGUAUUGUUUUAAAUAUAUUUACAUAGUUGUUGAUAAAGUAUUUAUUCAUGAAAAUGGAUUUGUUAAAAUGGCCAAAACAAAAUAAAACAUUUACGUUUACCGUAGUUCCUCCAAUAAUGGGCUUUUGCUUGAAUAGACUGCAUGGCCCAAAUAAACGGCCACAUGUGUCAUUUACUUGAACAAACAAGCAUGCCGCCUGAGCUAGAGACCUCCCAAACUCUGAAAAAAAAGACCAAACAUAUGACAUCACUAAGAGGCCAUAAUAUGAAUACAAUAACUGAUACCACCUUGUGCUGCAGACACUUCAGUAAACUGAAGCCUUUACGACAUAUACACAUACGUUAGCAACAACUGCUUAUCAUAAAGCAAGCUGUAAUUGAAAUAUAAUAAAGAUAUAAGUAUCAUUUGUGUGGAGAAAAUUAUAGAACAUACACUUUUUAAUUUGAUUACAUGUGGUCCUCUAUUUACAACGGUACUGAUAUAUGAUGUUUUGAGGUUGCCAACGUCGUGCAAUAAACUAAUUAGCGCAACUGCAUACAUUGUCACGCACCACAACAAGAUGCGCUCCGUUACCACUGUAAUUACUUUUUUCUAUUGUAGUUUUAGAUUUAUGGCUUAGAAGUGUUUUACUUGUACUAUUUACUGUAAUUAUGACUUUACUACUGCGUUAGUGUAGAAGACUCACUGCUGUAGGAACUGAACUCAGUCGUCAAUGGAGGACGCCCUGUAAUAAUAAAUGGAAGGAAAUACAGUAUUGAUUUAUUUUUUUCUGAAUUGUGACAGAGUUCACAUUGUAAUGCUUUCUUUUCAAUUUGUGUUCAUACUUUAUUCAUUCAAGAUGCCAAGGCUUGAAUUUGUGGGCCAGCAGAACCAUUUGUAUCCUUAUUUGACCAUAUCCUUUGGAGAGAAAAAAAUAAUAAUCUAAAGAGGAAGAGGCCAUUUCUAUUUGUGGCACCAAUGGAACAUGUAGCAUUGACCUUUUAAGCACAUUGAUUUAGAUUUACAAGGACGAAGUCCUAUUGUUUUCUGUCUGCAUUCAGUCUUGUUAACUAAAUGUUGCUAAAAUGUUGUUUUGACAAAGUUUUCUACCUCGUCUGGCUGAAUUUCAGGUGAUCAUCAUCAGAGGUUGGCUUCAUCUUUUAUUUAAUAAAAAAUAUUUUUUAUUGAAAUGAGGUUGUGUCUCUUCAGCAUACACAAACACACAUCAUUCCUAACGUCCAUGCAAGUACAGACUGGGAAAGAAUUAAAUGGAAAUGGUCAGUUGUUGGCAGCCGCAACUAAAAAAAAAAAAAAAAUGAGACUGAAGGAAGAAAGAGAGGAAAAUGUCUGCAAUAAACCAAAUAGAGUGAAGUUGGUGGAAAUUGCUGCAGCUGCUUUAGUUUACCUUUACAAUCCCGCCUUGCCCCACCUGUGUUAUUAGAGAUUAAACCUCAGAGAAUGAACUUUCCCCCUCAGCAGCUGUCAUAUCAGAGAAUUUGGAAAUCAAAUAUUUUCUGCCCUCUGUGAGGGCAAGUAAUACUCGAAGUGUAGUGGGUGCAUGUCAGUCAAUGAUGAAUUAAAGUUUGAGAUAUCGUCUUUGAGAUAAGGUGG